AUAGGGCAGUACCAGGCUCACACUCUCUUCUGGGUGGAGAUAGCGCUGGUGGUGCUAUUCGGUGUGGAGUAUGGUGUGCGGCUGUGGUCGGCAGGGUGCCGUAGUAAAUAUGUUGGCGUCUGGGGCCGGCUGCGCUUUGCCAGGAAGCCUAUCUCCAUCAUCGAUUUGAUUGUAGUGGUGGCCUCCAUCAUCGUACUGGUAGUAGGCUCCAAUGGACAGGUGUUUGCCACAUCUGCUGUCAGAGGGAUUCGCUUCCUGCAGAUCCUGCGCAUGCUCCAUGUGGACCGGCAGGGAGGGACGUGGCGUCUGCUGGGCUCUGUGGUCUUCAUCCACAGGCAGGAGCUCAUCACCACGCUGUACAUUGGUUUUCUGGGGCUCAUCUUCUCCUCCUACUUUGUGUACCUGGCAGAGAAGGAUGCUGUGGACAGCAAUGGAGCCAAUGAGUUCGAGAGCUACGCUGACGCCUUGUGGUGGGGGGUGGUGACCGUCACAACUAUAGGCUACGGAGACAAGGUGCCUCAGACGUGGAUCGGUAAAACCAUUGCAUCGUGUUUCUCAGUCUUUGCCAUCUCCUUCUUCGCCCUACCAGCUGGGAUCCUGGGUUCAGGCUUUGCCCUGAAGGUUCAACAGAAACAGAGGCAGAAGCACUUCAACAGGCAGAUCCCUGCAGCUGCCAUUCUCAUCCAGACUUCGUGGAGGGUCUUUGCUGUGGAGAACCCUGACUCGGCCACCUUCAAGACGUUUGUGAGGAGGAGACCUGCUCUGCCCAGCUCCUCUGUAUCCAGUCCCAAGCGCAAGAAAACGGUGAAGCUGAGGAGGAAGUUGAAGAGCAGUGAGAAGGACGACGGGCCUGGUUCUCCCACUGUUCCCAGUAUCUCCUACGACUCUGUGUUCAAUAGUGGGAGGGAGCUCAGCUCUGACGUCUACAGCACUGUGUGUACAGAUACCCAGCAGUCCUGGACCUCUCUUUCCUCCCUUACAUUCAGCUCGCCACUCCCAGUGAAAAAGACCCCUGGUUUGUUGGAGGUGCAGCCCCCUCGUCCCCUCCAGAGGAACAGCAGCUUUGGGGACGAUCUGGACCAGGAGGACCAGUGUGUUCUGACCCCAGUCACCCACGUGUCACAGCUGCAGGGGACUCACAGAGCAGCUAUCCACGUGAUCCUACGGAUGCGCUACUUUGUGGCCAAGAAGAGAUUCCAGCAAGCACGUAAGCCCUAUGACGUGCGAGACGUGAUCGAGCAGUAUUCCCAAGGACACCUGAAUCUCAUGGUGCGCAUCAAGGAGCUGCAGAGGAGACUGGACCAGUCUCUAGGGAAGCUGACUCUGUUCCAGACUAGCUCAGACAAAGCCAAAGACAAAGGCACCAACACCAUCGGCUCCAGACUCAACAGGAUGGAGGACAAGAUACAACGCAUGGACCAGACACUCAACCACAUCGCAGAGUCCCUUACCCAGCUGUUGUCUGGGACAAGCCAGGGGCAGGGGGACAUGGGGGGAGCACAGGGGCAAGGUAGGAGGAGGUCACAGGGUGGGGCAGGUGUCCCCAGCCAAGAUAGCCUACCCAGCUACGAGCAGCUCUCCACCGCGACCCUCCAUCCACCCCUCAACCCCAGCCUCAGCCAGGACAAGAGCUCCUGA